AGGAGUAUCAUCAUCCUGAGGAGAGACGGAAACAGUUAAAAAAAGUGCUGUGAAGUUCUGGAGUUAAUGUCAACAGGAGUGGCAAGCAGCCAACUUACUGCCUCCACAUCUCCUCUCUCAGCAGCAUCAUGUAGGUCAGUUCUUCCUACCUGCACAUUAAAAAUGUGCCUAAAACAGCCCUACAAUCUCCAA